AAGGGCGUCUUAUCGGGGAGUUCGGAUCAACGGGUGGGCUUUUGGAAUUUCGACUUGGCCCUCGUCCCUGGCGGCUCGCCUACGUUGUGUCUCAAACCGGGCAGACCGGUAGAAACAGUUGCGGAUCAGGUGACCGCCCUCGCAGCUGCUCCGGACAACCGUCUCAUUGCUGUUGGCAUGGUGAACUUCCACGUGGACGUCUUCUUUGCUGACUCCUUCAAGGUGAACACUCGCUGUUUGUAG